UUGUUACAUAUUUCCUUACCAAAAAAAAACAAUAUUAAUUUAGCACGCACAUGGUCCUUCACCAAACUUACCACUAGAAACAUGAAACAAAUAAGCAGCUUCAGCCUCCACCUCAUCAAAGGCCGAUGGAGCAUGUUCUUCGCCUCCGUUCUCAUCAUGUCACUCUCCGGCGCCGGUUACAUAUUCGCUUUAUACUCCGGCGAAAUCAAAACCACCCUCGGUUAUGAUCAAAGCACCCUCAAUCUCGUAAGCACCUUCAAAGAUUUAGGCGGGACUGUCGGCAUCAUGUCCGGUUUAAUUAACGAAAUUUCACCACCGUGGGUAGUGCUCCUCCUCGGCGCCGCCAUGAGCUUCUCCGGAUACUUCAUGAUCUGGCUACCGGUCACCGGAAAAAUCGCCAAACCACCGGUUUGGCAAAUGUGUCUGUUCAUUUUCAUAGGCGCAAACUCGCAAACAUUUGCUAAUACAGGAGCUUUGGUUACUUGUGUAACAAACUUCCCACAAGGGCGAGGGGCAGUUUUGGGACUUUUGAAGGGUUUUGUAGGGUUAAGUGGCGCGAUCAUCAGUCAGUUAUAUCAUGCUUUCUACGGGCAUGAUCCGAAGUCGCUCAUCUUGUUCAUCGGGUGGCUUCCGGCCGUGGUUUCGUUGGUUUUUCUUCCGAUUAUUCGCGUUUUGAAACCAGUUCGUCACCGGAAUGAUUUAAAGAUUUUGUAUAACUUUUUGUAUGUUUCAUUAGGGUUGGCUGGGUUCCUUAUGGCUAUUAUUAUAGCUCAACAUAGCUUUCAGUUUUCAAAGGCGGAGUAUGCUGCCACUGCUGCUGUGGUGGUGACUUUACUCUUGGCACCUAUGGCCAUUGUGAUUAGAGAGGAGCUCAAGCUUUGGAAAGCAAAUCAAGAUCAAAUGGUUGAUCGUCUUCCGACGAAGUCAAUCGCAGAAGAUAUAUGCUCCAAAACACCAUUGGAAAAAGAAGUUUCAUGCUGGAGAACUGCUUUUACACCACCGGAAAGAGGGGAAGACUUUACUAUACUGCAAGCAUUAUUUAGUAUGGACAUGUUAUUGCUCUUUGCCGCAACCGCCUUCGGCGUUGGGGGCGUGCUGACUGCCAUUGACAACCUUGCGCAAAUCGGGCAGUCUCUCGGGUACAAGAAGGCCACGAUCUCCACCUUUGUGUCCCUAGUGAGUAUUUGGAACUAUUUGGGUCGAGUUGGGGCGGGUUUCGUCUCGGAAGUAUUAUACGUCAAGUACAAAUUUCCGCGACCAUUGAUGCUCACAAUUGUCCUUUGCAUUGCUUGCGUCGGACAUCUUUUAAUCGCGUUCGGUGCGUCCAGCGGGCUCUACUUCUCAUCCGUCGUAAUGGGGUUUUGUAAUGGAGCUCAGUGGCCACUUAUCUUCGCAAUCAUAUCGGAAAUAUGCGGGUUGAAAUACUACUCAACUCUUUUAAACUGGGGAGCUGCGGCCAUUCCGGUCGGGACGUACGUCUUGAACGUGGUGGUUGCGGGUCGGCUUUACGACAAGGAAGCCGAAAGACAGAUGAGAGAAAAGGGGAUGGUUAGAAAAGCGGGUCAGGACUUGAUUUGCAUGGGAGUUGAGUGUUAUAGAACAUCCUUUUUUAUUAUAACAGGUGCAACGGUAUUUGCGUGUUUACUUUCGAUCAUUUUAGUGGUUCGAACAACAGACUUGUACCGUGGUGAUAUCUACAGGAAGUUUCGUGAUGAAGAGGAAGUGGAAAGGAAGACGGGGGAAGAUAAUAGUAAGGCCAUACGGUAUGGGGGUCGGCCCCGGUGCGUCGCGGUCCGGCGCCGGAGCCAACACCGUGCCGCCCCCCGUCCUGAGCUCCGUCCCCGUCGCCAACGUCCCUUUUUCGCCGUUCGGGACGAUCCUCCAGGUGGGCCCCACCCCCGUCGCCGGAGCCAACACCAUGCCGCCCACCCCGUCGAGCUCCGUCCUCCUUCGCCGGUCCGUCUCCAUACCGUAUAGCCUAAGUGAGAUCGAUAUAGUUGUUAAAGUCACAAAGGAAAGUUAUAUCUAAAAAUAAAACUAUAAGAUUGUAUAUAUAGUUGUAUCAUAUAUGGACUAGGGGAUGGCAAUGAGAACCACUUUUAUUGUGAAAA